UUGGGUCGGGUUUUUUUGUUUUUAGUUGUUUUGUUUUGCCGGGACUAAUGUUUUGAAAACCCUGAUCUAGGAUUACUUGUGAAUAAACAAUCAAAACAAGUUUGUAGAUUAAUUAGUGUAACCUAUAAUCGCCAUCAUGCAGACCGAGGAGGAACCAGCGUUUUUAGAUUUUAAACCUGCUUGCAAUGAGCGUCCAUCAUCCCCCACGUGGAUGACCGAAGAAGAAGCACUGGGUGAGCUUAGAAGAAUGGAGCUUGACGCCUACCACAGCCUGGUUUGGACGUUCCGUGCCCAGGGUCGCCUAACUGCUAAUAAACUAAGGCUGAUGAAAGAGGUAGCUGCAGAGUUGUAUAUCCCAGAAUACUGUCAAAAGCUGGAAUGUGGCACGGCCAUGGGCAAUGGAAAGUUGAACGAGAUAGCAGAAUGGGUGGCUGGCCCCGGCACAGACGUAGAAUGGAAGGAAGAGUGCAGCGACUGGCUGCGAUAUGCUAGACAAAGCACACCUUCCCCUAAAAACGUCAGAAUCGUCAAUGCCAUAGCUGCUGCCUACCAUGCGGCUCAGAGAGAGAUGGAAGAAGCUGGCGAACCUGAUGGGGUGGUUAAAACUAUCAAGAUAGACAGUAGCCUUUUUGAUGAUAAUGCAAAUGAAGAAGAAGCAAUUGCAAUUGAAGCUAGGCCUCCAGAAGAAAUUUUGAAUUUUGAUAAUGUUGCUAAAGAAGAACCUAAAGAUGAUGAUGAAAGUUCUUCCCUCUCUUCAGCAUCUGAUGAUUACCAAAUGAAAUUGGAAGAAGAUAUAAAACAACAAGAUCAGAAAGCAGAUAUUUCCAAAGAAGAGUUGGAUGCCAGUUUGAUGCCUCCUCCCCCACCUGUGAUCGUCAUACCUUCUCCAACCCAUGUCACUUCUCUUCCCUCCCCUCCUGCUGUUAUCACGGUCCCCCCUCCCGCUGUUAUCACGGUCCCCCCUCCCACAGACUCAGUGGUAGCUACCGCACCAAAACCUGCAUCCGUCCAACCAGCCAGUCCUGUGUUGUCGGAAGAGGAGGCUAAAGCGCGUGCUGACUUUUUAUCUUCUCUCCCUCCCCUUGUGGUGGUUCCUCCUCCAGAUCCGUCUGAGACGACUGGCCUCCCCUCCCCUUCUGCCUCGCCACGUUCCCCUUCGAUGGUUAUCUCUCCUACGAUGUCUCUCCAGAUAAGGGAGGACCCUAAGAAGAGGAAACGUUCAGCAUCACAGCUGCAAGAUUCUGCCACACUCCCCACAUCUGCCAAGACUGUCGCCCUUAGUUCUUACUCAAAGAUGACUCGUGUGAUGGUCACAGCUACUAGUUCUGGUCAGGUGAAGGUCGCACCUAUAAUCAGCCGAGCUAAGACGGCCACCACACCUAUGGUUCAGAAGGUAGUAAUUGUAUCAAACACUCCUACAUCCAACACGGGCAACACGUCCAUGAUGCAACGUUCUCCAAAUGUGCCUAUGGGGUCUUUGAGUCUACCAAUCGUCCGUGGGAAUCAACCUAGACUCCAGACGGUUACAGCUCAAAAUUGUGGAACAGUGAGGCCCAAAAUGGUGACUGUGCCAGCUAAAAGUAAAGCCAAAGGCAGCAAUAUGGUAAACCUUCAGUUGAAAAACCCCGUCACACUGAAACAAGACAAUGUUACUGGUGGUGUGGACACAAAUUUGAAAAGACUCUCAGGACCAGCCAAGAUUCUGCCAAAGCCAUCAGGAUCAAUGUUUGUAGUGAACACCAGCCAUGGUGAUCAUAAACUAGCUACAGCUAUGGGUGGUAAGGAAGGAGGAAAGCAGAACGUUGUGAUUGUCCAAAAAGGAGGCAACAAGAGAUUACUGACGUUGUCUGACAAGGAUUUGAUGGAGAAGCUUAUGUCCAAGAAGUGUGUUGUUAUCCAGUCUUCAAAGAUGGUGCCGAAGAACAUCUCUCCCAAACCACUGGCUCAACCAUCAACAUCUCAAACACAACCACCGACAUCAACAUCCCAACAGCCACCUCAGCAACAACAAACACCACCCGUCAUAUCGGCAUCUGGUAACACUGUAGUCGUGGACCUUAGUCAGGAGCAGUACAGACAGAACCUGGGCGACACCACAGUCAGGGAUAUCCUACAGGCAGCUGGCAUCAUCAGUCAACCUACCACUACACCACCAGCACCAGUUUCAGAACCGACACAAGUAUCAAGCAGGGAAGGAGAGUGGUUGCCUGUGGAGACUAGCAAGAGUCUUUCAUUGGAGGAGGUGUCACUGCCUCUCGGUCAGGCUGAAUCCUUCGUCACUUUAGACGAAGCUGUUGAAAUGCUUGAGGAACAACAAAUAGAGGAAGGAGUUCCAACAAGUGAGAGUAGUGGAUUCACUCAAGUGAGCACAGAACAAUUGUUCACCAUUACUUCAGACCAACUGACAAGUGGCGACUUGGCUGUUAUCGCAGACGACGCAGAGGCACCAGUGACUCAGAUAGUCAUGGAGGCAUUGCCAUCAGAGGUAUUGUCAGAUCUAGAGAGUAUUAACCAGCCGUUUAUGCCCCAUAGAGAUGGAGCCGUUACCAUACAACACAGCAAUAUUGAUGUUCCUGCAAACAUGUCACUAGAAGAUUACUCUUCUCAGCAGAUGGAGAAUUAAACAUCCCUUAAUGUGAUAAAUCAAGAUUUGGAAGCAUCCUUCAAAUUGUGUAACAGAUCCCCAUUCUGUAACAGGAUCUUUGUCAACCUUCCAAAUCCUUUGGUUUGGUGCUUUAUUGCAGAAAAACAUAAAAACAUUACAAAAUUAUUUAAAGUACAAGUUUUGCAGCCAAAAACUCUAUAUCCUGUUUAAAAUGUUUGGUAAUCCGAAACAUUAAACACCAAUCCAUACCUUUCGCACUGAGUAAUGCUAAUAAACUCUCCUUCUUCCUUAAGGUGUUGCACAAAUUAGUUCCUCAGUGUGUGAUUUAGAUAUAGUUUAUCCUUGUUUAACGCUUUUAAGAAAAUCUAAUCUCAAAUUUAAAUUCAAAGAUUAAAACAUUCAAAACCAGCUUGUUCAAAUUUAAACUCUUAAAACACAUUUACAUAAAUACUAGGCCUAUACAAAAGGUAAAUAGAGAUCAUACAAACAAUAAGAGACAAAUUUAUUACUAUAGGCCCAACAAAGUAUUGUUUAUGUUUAAAAUACAAAAGGAAAAAUUGAUUGGGUAUACAAUGAGUUUUUGGCUUGCAAUACACAAAGUUAAUGGUCUAUCUGGUUCACGGAAAUGAGAUGUCUGCAAUAAAGUCAAUGGUGCAUAGGCUCUAAUUGGUUAUUCAUUUUGUAUUAUAUUAUACUCAACAGUAUAAAUCGAUUUUCUUUUCUUUCGUUCUGUAUUUGCUAUGUGCUUGUGUAAGUUUCCUGCCGUUCAGAAGGAGUAUUGCUAAAACAAAAGCAGGAGUGUAAUAGAGUUUUGCCAUCAGAAUUGAAGUCGAGUUAAGCACAGACUUGAGUCAGUUUGGCACUCAUUUAGAUGCAUAUUGUUCAAUAUGUUUUUUUUAACAUGAUAAAUGAAUGAUAUUAAAAUAUUUAAAAAUUGCUUUUAUUGAUAACGACAGAUUAAAGAACCCUCUCAUUAGUUACAUAAAUAACUAUUGUAGGCCUAGAUUUGUAAAGUAUUUGAAUUGUAUAUUAUGUAUGUAUAUAUUAUAUACUCUGUAAAUUGUUGUAUAUAAUAACUAACUUCAAAACAACAGUUUAUAGCAAUUUCUGUUUUUUAGAUUGUUUAUUUAAUACUGGGAGGCGCAGUUUGAAUAUCAUUGUUUUACCAACCAUCUGGUUUGAAUCGUUCAUGGUUUGGUACAACCCUAGUGUAUUCAUACAAUCGAUAAUCGAUCUUAGUAUUCCUAUUUUUCUAAAAGAUACUACUGUAUUAGUCUUUACAAUAAGCUAAAUUUGUCAUAAUGUUUUUUAGUAAUGUAAAACUUGGUUUUCAUAACCUACAAUUUAAAAAUUAAUAAAU